AUGUCAACUGAAAACAUCAUUAUCAAAGAAGAACUAAUUAGUGAUCGAAGUAUUCAUUUUUUAAUUCCAGCACUUUCUGCAGAUGAACCAUCACAUAUUCUUAGUUUACCUGAAACAUUUUCUAUUCAACAAAAUCCAUUAGAAAUUCCAUUACCAUCAGGAAAAUGUGUACUUGCACCAAGUCCAAGUGAAUUAUUUCAUUAUUAUGAAUCGGUUCAACCACAAAUGAAUAGUAUUAUAUCUUCAUCGGAAGGUUUAAUUGAUCAUUUAACAUCCGAAAAUUUUAUUCAUAUUGUGGAAAAUUUAUCUGAAUAUUCUAUUCCUUGUCCGGUUUUACAAAGUCAUGCUGAUAAAUCAACAUCAAUGAUUUCAAUGGAUGAUUUUGAUGAAAUAACAUUAAAUCAAUCGACUAGUCCAACAUAUUAUGAUCCAUUAUGUGAAUAUUCUUCGCCAACAAUUGAUGAUCCAAAUUUAUUUCUACACAAUGAACAAUUAACAUCGUAUUUAAAUAAUUUAAGUAAUAGUUCAUCAAAUUGUGAUAUUAAUUAUCAAUGGACCACAUUACCAGUCGCAAUAUCAUCAAUAAAUAAUAGUAUGAAUUGGAAAAAAGUUCGUUCAAAUGAAAAUUGUAAUAAUAAAAUCAAAGGACGAAAUAAUCGAAAACGUACAAAAUUUUCUAAUGAUGAUCUUGAAAUAUUAAAUUUAUUUUUUGAAACAAAUCCAAUGCCAUCUCGAUCAGACAUAUCAAUUUUAUCCGAAAAAUUAGCUUAUCCACGUUAUAUUGUACAAGUAUGGUUUUAUAAUAAACGUCAAUCACUUAAACGAGCUAAUUCAUCAUCAUCUCAAUUCAAUAGAAUUUUAAAAUGA